UAAUGUUUAGAAUUCCAUUCUAAAGUAAACUCUUAUAGCCGUGUGUAGGGUGUGUGGCAGCACAUUGUCUCCCUCCUCCCCUCCACGAUACGAUCGUCCACGCGCGCGAGUGAAAGUUGACGGCUUUGAUUGGGAGGAGAUUGAAGAAUGCAAUAUUGGGUUAAGCAGUUGCUGAAUGAGCUUUUGAGUUAAGAGUGUCAGGGACAACAAGAAUAAUGGGCACUGUAAACCGCAGUGGAGUUAGAAAAACAAAUGACAGUGCCAGGGUUAUUUUCUAUACAAGUGUUGGACUUCUCUUUGGAUUUUUCAUUGGUGUAUCAUUGCAGGCAGCUUUUCUAACAAAGGUUAGGUUUUCACUUCCAUCUUUUGAUGUAUACUUUCCCGAUAUGCGUAGAACAACUAACACAAACAAAAGUCUUGAGGAUGAAGGAUCAGAGGGUGUUCCUAAGAUAUAUGUUCCAACAAAUCCUUCUGGUGCUGAAACACUACCACCAGGAAUUGUUGUUUCACAAACUGAUUUGUAUAUGCGCAGAUUAUGGGGUGAACCCAGUGAGGAUCUAAAAACAAAGCCAAAGUACUUGGUAACAUUUACCGUUGGUAUUAAUCAGAAGAAAAAUAUUGAUGCAGCAGUUAAAAAGUUCUCUAAGGAUUUCACAAUCUUGCUUUUUCACUAUGAUGGCCGGACUAGUGAAUGGGAUGAAUUUGAGUGGUCAAAGAGAGCAAUUCAUGUUAGUGCGAAGAGACAAGCAAAGUGGUGGUAUGCAAAAAGAUUUCUGCAUCCUGAUGUUGUGUCAGCUUAUGAUUAUAUAUUCAUUUGGGAUGAAGAUUUGGGGGUAGAACACUUCAAUGCAGAGAAGUAUAUUGAGUUGGUUAAGAAAUAUGGUUUGGAAAUCUCUCAACCUGGUCUUGAGCCCAAUAAUGGUUUGACAUGGGAGAUGACAAAGAGGAGAGGUGACAGAGAAGUCCACAAGGAUACAGAAGAAAAACCGGGCUGGUGUAGUGACCCACAUCUUCCCCCUUGUGCAGCGUUUGUGGAAAUAAUGGCCCCUGUCUUUUCUCGGGAAGCUUGGCGUUGUGUCUGGCAUAUGAUUCAGAAUGAUUUGGUGCAUGGAUGGGGAUUGGAUUUUGCUCUCCGAAGAUGUGUAGAGCCUGCACAUGAAAAGAUUGGCGUAGUUGAUUCACAGUGGAUUGUUCAUCAAGUGAUUCCUUCCCUUGGGAGCCAGGGAGAGUCUGAGGAUGGAAAAUCGCCCUGGGAAUCGGUACGUGACAUGGUGAGAUCAAGGUGCAAAAAUGAAUGGGCUGAAUUCCAGUCUCGCAUACUCGGUGCAGACAAGGCAUACCUUGCUAAGAGGGGAAGGGGAUAGAGUAUGAAUUACUUCCUUUUAAACAAAUAGCAUCCACCCCCCCAUCCCAUCCUUUUUCCAGCAUCUUGUACAUGUUUUCCAUCAACCAUGAAGGGGGUGUCAAAAGAAUCCAAUUCCUACUGUAUUAUUUUUCACUUUUCUGAGCCAGAUUUAUGUAUCUACACACUGAUAGUUUUAUAAGAGAAGAGAAUUUUACACCCGCCAAUGAUCUUGUUUUGAGUAUCUUGCUUGUGCAUGCGGUUUCUCCAAGGGUACCAGAAAUUAUCUUACCAGCGAAGUCAGAAGGGAGUUGGAUUCAAAUUUUGCCUGGAUUUUUGAACAAAUUCACAUUUGUAUCAUGUUCAGAACACAUUACUCAAAUUCCUUAUUUUACAAAGUAUGGAAAGAUUGCAAUGAAGUUGAAUUUGUUCAUGUUGU